GGGGCGCCGAAAGCGACGGGGGGCGCGACCGCGUGAGCUUUAAACCCGCCCGGCCUCCUCGCCGCACUCCCCACCGCCGCUCGCCGAGCUCGCCCGCGCCGGAGCCGGACUGAAACCUCGGGGGAGUGACUGCGCGGAUCGGGAGGCUCUAGGGUUUGGGUGUGGGGUUGGAGGCGCGGAGCGGAAGGGGAUAACGGUUGGUGGCUUGGCGCGGAGGGGAGGGGCUGGGGUUGGGGAUUUGGAUGGUCGCGGCGGCGCGGCGCUGGAGUAGUAGUACUGGUGCCGCUCCUCCUCCUCCUCCUCCUACCACCCAUGGGAAGGUCGUUCAGGGACUCGCUCAAGCUGCUCGAGGCCGACAUCCAGCACGCCAACUCCAUUGCUUCUGAAUUCCGAAGGGAAUAUGAUGGUGCCUGUCUUCAGAUGAGGAUGUCAUACUGUCCGGCUGCACACCUUUUCCUUUUUCUUGUCCAGUGGACUGACUGCAACCUUGCUGGUGCUCUUGGGCUGUUGAGAAUUCUCAUUUACAAGGUUUAUGCUGAUGGAACGACCACCAUGUCCACUCAUGAAAGGAAAGCGAGCAUUAGGGAAUUCUAUGCUGUAAUUUACCCUUCUUUGGCGCAAUUACAUGAAGGAAUUAAUGAGGUGGAGGACAGGAAACAAAAAGCAAUUUGUAUAGAGAGGUAUAGAAGACGAGAGGAGGAUCACAAAAGGGUGAUCUCAGAGAUUGAUGAUAAUAUAGAGGAAGAGUGUGGCAUAUGUAUGGAAAUAAACAACAAAGUUGUCCUUCCAACUUGUAGCCAUGCUAUGUGCAUUAAAUGCUACCGUGACUGGAGAUCAAGAUCCCAGUCCUGUCCAUUCUGCCGCGACAGUCUCAAGAGGGUCAACUCUGCCGACCUCUGGAUAUACACAGAUAACAGAGACAUAGUCGACAUGGCGACAGUCAGAAGAGAGAACCUGAGGCGUCUCUUCAUGUACAUAGAUAAGUUGCCCACGGUGAUCCCCGAAUCUGUUUUCGAGGUAUACGAUUCCCACGUAAAGUGACCCUGUGCUUGGCUCGGCGUCGCCACAAUUGUUCAUCAGUUGGGUACUGCUAGUGCUGUAGACAUUACCAAUUGUUUGUCAGUGGGGUGCUGCUAGUGCUGUAGACAUUGCCGGUUGUUCAUCAGUGGGGUGCUGCUAGUGCUGUAGACAUUUCUGGAGCCCCGGGCGCCGGCUGCCGCGAGCUUAUGAACGCUCCGAGCAGCUCGCCGGGGAGGCUCUGUAUGUAUGUGAGGUGCUCCUAUAUAUGUAAAUUAUUGUCGGUUGUAUCCACACGGCCUGUGUGAUGAUGUGUUAGGAGUCUGACGCCUUGGGCAUGUAAGUAAUGGAUCAUUUUUUUUGCGGGCAUGUAAGUAAUGAAUCAUUGACUCUUAAGCAUUUCGUCUGUGCCUGUUUGGGGGAAUGCAAUUCUGGAAGAAUACGCUCUGUUCGAUGUU